ACUUGUAAAAAUUUGAAUAGAAUAAUUCCAAAAUUGUAAAGAAGUUUCUAAAAGUUUGGAUCCCAUACAACUUAGAAUUCGGCAACCCUAACAAAGCUACAUUGGUUUUGGCCCCAAAGCUUAAUAAAGACGCUAUUUAUUGUUUCCUUUCAUCUUCAAGAACCCAACCCAAAACUCUGAAAUAUAAUAAUCUGCAAUAUAAUUCUGCUCCGAUCACUUGCUUUUCUCUGUUUUCUUGCAAUGGAGCUGAUUCCCGGUCUUCCCAACGACUUAGCUUUUGAAUGUCUUAUUCGGAUUUCGUUUGAUCAGUUUCCCAAGGCUUCAUCUGUAUGUAGAGCAUGGAAAGCUGUGAUUAAGCAGCCGGAGUUCCUCCGGCGCCGGAAAGCUUCUGGUCUAACCCGACCUGUCAUUGCCAUCUGUCAGUCAAGGUUUAGUUUAAGCAGAUUGGAUACAGUGGGUUUCCGGCUCACGCUAUUCGACCCGGUGAAAAGGCGUUGGCAUGAUUUUCCGCCGAUACCGGAGGUGGUGGAAAGGAUGCCGGUGUUAUGUAGCGUGGUCGGUAUUGGGGCGGAGCUGGCGGUGAUAGGGGGGUGCGAUCCGGUGACACGGCGGUAUCUGAAUUCAGUUUUCAUCUACAACUUCUUCUCCGCCACGUGGAGGCGCGGCGCCGAUAUGCCAGGCGAGGACCGCCUGUUCUUCGGAUGUGCGGCGUCGGAGGAUGGCGGGACAGUGGUGGUCGCCGGCGGACGGAGCUCGACCACUACCUUAGCGCUGAAAUCAACGUUGGCGUACGACGUGGCAAGGGACACGUGGACGACGUUGUCGGACAUGUCAAUCGGGCGAUACGUGUGCACGUGCGUGUUCCAAUGUGGUGAGUUCCACGUCGACAGUUGUUAUACCACUGAAACACUCGACUUUGUCACCCGACAAUGGCACGUAAGCGACCGUGACAUAUGGUUGCAGGCUAACGACGUGGAGAUUGACAGGGUAAUAUACAAAAUCAGGAAAAGAUGUGACGUGGUUGCAUUAGAGGACGACACAUGGGUGUUCGUCACGCGCGUCCCCGACUCUACAUCCGACGUGACAUAUGUGACAGGGUGGCAGGGGAAUAUGAUGGUGAUAAAUACAAAAGGUGGUGAAAUUCAUAGUGCUUAUGUGCUAGAAUUGAAGAGUAAAAAAUGGACGAAAGUAAAAAUCCCACGUAAGUAUCGCGGUUAUGUUCAUUUUGGUUAUUAUUGUCAUAUACACAUCUAAAAGGAACAAUUUUAUUUUGUCCUUAAAUUAGCUUGAUAAGCACUCUUCUUCUUCUA